UGGAUUCAAAUUAACGACUUUCUGUGUAAAUAUUUUCAUCGUACAACGUUUAAUUUUUACAAGUAAUCGACCUAUUCAGGUAACGACCGUUAUUUGGGCCCCAUUGUUUUUGCUUAACCCAGACACUUAGUGCUGAAUCUUCCAACCCGGCACCAUGAGUUUUGCCGAACUCUUAGACCACGUCGGGGGGAUGGGUCGCUUCCAAAUCAUCUAUGCGAUCUUACUGGCUAUCCCAGUUUUCAUGCUGGCCAGCCAUAACCUCCUGCAGAACUUCACUGCUGCCACCUCUGAGCACCACUGCCAUGUCCAUAUCAACAUCAACAACACUCCUUACACCAACCUCACCGGAAAGCUCGCUGCCAAGGACCUCCUCAGGGUCUCCGUCCCCAUGGACAGCAACCAGCAGCCAGAGAAGUGUCACCGCUUUGUCACCACGCAGUGGCAGCUCCUAGACUCCAACGCCACAGUCACAAACCUAACCGAGCUGGAGACUGAACCCUGCGCUGAUGGGUGGGUGUACGACAAGAGCAUGUUCACCAGCACCAUCAUUACAGAGUGGGACCUGGUGGGUGACUCCUGCCAGCUGAAGCAGAUGGCUCAGUCCAUCUACAUGGCUGGGACCCUGGCGGGAGGUAUCAUCUUUGGAGGUCUGUCAGACAGGUUUGGCCGCAGGUCUCCCUUGAUCUGGUGCUACUUGCAGAUGGCUGUCACGGGCACCAGCACUGCCUUCUCGCUCAGCUUCACUGCAUACUGCAUCUUCCGUUUCCUGACUGGAAUGGCCAUCUCGGGCAUUGUGAUGAACAGUGUCUCUCUGUCUGUGGAAUGGACACCCACCCGCACACGGGCCAUUGUGGUCACCAUGUUUGGAUACUGCAUCACAAUCGGGAAGUGCAUUCUGGCUGGGGUGGCUUACACCAUCCCCAAUUGGCGCUGGCUGCAGCUUGUGGUGUCUUUGCCCUAUUUCAUCUGCUUCAUCUACUCCUGGUGGUUCGCGGAGUCCGCCCGCUGGCUGGUAAUAGCCGGCAGACCUGAUGAGGCAGUGAAGCAGCUCCGGAGAGUAGCCAGGAUAAACCGGAAGAAGGAAGAAGGAGACAGACUCAACAUAGAGGUCUUGAGAUCCAACAUGCAGAAAGAAACAGCCUCUGCAAAGAGCAGCCAUACCUUCUUUGACCUGGUGCGGACCCCUGUUGUACGCCGGAUCUCCUUCUGCCUCUGCUUUGUAUGGUUCUCCACCAGCUUUGCCUAUUAUGGGUUGGCCAUGGACCUGCAGAAUUUCGGUGUCAAUAUCUUCUUGAUCCAGCUGGUCUUUGGAGCUGUCGAUUUCCCAGCGAAGUUCAUCUCAGUCCUCACAAUCGGCUUCAUUGGGCGCCGGGUCACACAGACCUUGACCCUUAUCCUGGCUGGACUCUCUAUCCUAGCCAACAUCUUUGUCCCACAAGGUGGUUAUAUGGUGUCCUGGAUUUUCAGGGUUCGAUCCAGAAGUGUUCAAGCCUUUGUCCUACCAAAGGUCCAAAGCCUGGCUGACAUGGUCAGCUGCAGGGGAGAGAGAAGAGCUAGGAGAGCUGAUCCAUAAGGACUAAUGGGGCUCAAGCCCACGGAUAUGUCACAGCUGUGUUCUGUGGCUGAGGUACUGCAGGGUACAGAACCACCUGCUGCUGCCAGGGAUUGAAGCAGCUGACACGUGUUUACGACACCAGUUGCCCUGGCACUUCCCCAUGAAGCAACCUGAGACAUAUUCAGUCUGAUCCAGGCUGGCCUGUUGCAAGAUGGUUCCGAAGUGGAUGAGCCGCAGUCUGGGUGGGGUGACAGACCCAGUUUCAGAAACAAAGCUAGGUAAAUGGUUAUUAGUAUUUGAUCAUUGGGCGAGGUGCUGCACAGACGCCAGAUGACAUCAGGGCCCCAUUGUGUCGAGUACUGCACAGACCUAAAGGGAGA